UGAUACUGUUUCUCUUAAGAGGGAAAAAUGGCGCUUGAAGUUCGGGGGAUGGAAGACGGAGAGCUCUCCGACUCGGAUUCUGACAUGACGGACACGGUAACGAAUAGCGACAAGCCCUUGCAGCCCCUGCAGCUGAAAGUACCAGAUGGCAAUAUUUCAUUCAGGCCUUUCCAGAGCAGCAUUGCAGUCUCUCCAGUAUCACAUUAUCGAACUAUUAAGGGUGUAGAAUCAAGUGAGGAAAGCUUUUCUGAUUCAGACGAUGACAACUGUCUUUGGAAACGAAAGAGACAGAAAUGUUUUAAUGCUCUUCCCAAACCAGAGCCAUUUCAGUUUGUGCAGAACCAUCAGAAACAGCAUAUUCUGGGAGGGAGGAAGAUCAACAAUAUAUGGGGUGCGGUUCUACAAGAACAGAGUCAAGAUGCAGUGGCUAAUGAACUCGGUAUACUGGGAAUGGAGGGCAACAUUGACAAAAGCAGACAGUCAGAGACUUAUAAUUAUUUGCUGGCUAAGAAGUUAAUGAGGGAAUCACAAACUGGAAAAUUAGACAAAGAGUUAGAUGAAUAUAUGCAGGAGGAUAAAAAAGCUAGUCCAAAAGAAGAAGAAAAUGGACAAGGUCAUAUGAAACGGAAACGACCUAUCAAAGACAGACUAGGGAACAGAGUAGAAAUGAAUUAUAAAGGUCGAUAUGAGAUUACAGAAGAGGAUACUGAAGAAAAAGUAGCAGAUGAAAUUUCUUUCAGGCUUCAGGAACCAAAGAAAGAUCUGAUAACCCGAGUAGUAAAAAUAAUUGGGAACAAAAAAGCAAUUGAACUUCUGAUGGAAACUGCAGAAGUUGAACAAAAUGGUGGACUUUUAAUAAUGAAUGGUAGCAGAAGAAGAACACCAGGUGGAGUUUAUCUGAAUCUUCUGAAAAACACACCAAGUAUCACUGAGGAACAAAUUAAGGAAAUUUUCUUUGUUGAAAAUCAAAAGGAAUAUGAAAAUAAAAAAGCUGCUAAGAAAAGGAGAAUACAGGUCUUGGGGAAAAAGAUGAAGCAGGCUAUUAAAGGUCUUAAUCUUCAAGAAUAUGAUGAUGCAUCUCGAGAAACUUUUGCAAGUGACACAAAUGAGGCAUUGGCUUCUCUGGAUGAUUCCCAAGAAGGACAAGGAGAAAGAAAAUUAGAUUCAGAAGAAACCUUUGAGAUUGAUCAUUCUCUUGAUUUGGAGAUCUUUUAAUAACGUCUUGAAUAUCUAGGAGAUUACAUUUUUCUGAAAAAAAAAAAACUUUGAAAUUAACCUUUUUAUUACAUUUUGACUACUUUGUUUCCUUUUGCACAUGUUACCUGAUUUAAAAUAAAAAGCAUUUGUUUCUGUUUUAAAGAAUUCUGUAUGUGAGACAUGAACAUAAUAGAAAUGUUAUCUAUUGUUUUUAAGAAUUCUGUCUUGUCUGGCUAAAUAAAAAGCUUAAGUGUGUUGAACUCGUA